ACCCCCUUGGUUGGGACAGUGUGUAGUACUAUGAGCAGCUCCAGCGGUGACACUCCACUGAGAUCUCAAGAGAUCAAAUAUCCAUUUAAAGCAACAACAAAGAAGAACUAAUAAUAGAGAAGAAGAAGAGGGGUACGGAAGAGGAUUUGUUUUGGACAUUAUUCUCAAAUUGCAAGUCAAAUACAUAUUUCACAUGUGGCCCUAAUCCGGACGCGGACAGGUGCCUUUGUUGUUGUUAUUGACGCUAUAUGUCUCCUUUAGUGUGAUAUCUAUCUACAUCGCGUCUCAGGACUAUUGGCUGCUUUGACCCCGUAGAGACCCUUCUGACUGUUGGGUUCAGGAAAAGGUCGUGGGUGGGGUUACGGUUCUGGGACAACAGGGUAGAACGGGACAGUUCAAAAAGAAAGAGACUUUAGGAAAGGUGCCAUGCGGGACACAAUCCCCGGUCUCCUGGGUGACAGUCCUGUGUACAUAUUGAACAGUAAUUUGAAAUAAAAAAUAAAUACAAAAACACAUAUAAAUAUAAAUUGGAAAGCAGAGAGAAAAAAGAGGCUCAAAGGAUGGAGUAAGAUACAGCAGGCCUAGUGCAAUGAGCAGGUGUUCUGCUUACUACUGUUUUUGCUGGAUUAUAAUAAUCAGAAUAGUCUUUGGUCUACUGCUGACGGUGGGGGUGUAAGACGAGAGUGGAGUAAUAGACUACAGAGUCACUUACGGACUCCCGAGGGGGGCCAGUGAUGCGGGUGCUGUGGGGGGGGGUGGGGUGUUCCCUGGCUCAGCAGCCUCCGUGGAUAGUGCUGGAGCAGACCGCCGCGCUGCCAGACGCACGCGCUCUCUACGGGACUGUAGCUGCGCCGGGAGAUCGGCGGAGGAAGAAGAAGAAGAAGAAGAAGAAGAAGAAAAGAAGAAGAAGAAGAAGAAGAAGAAGAAGAAGAAGAAGAUGUCAGUGGCAGUGAAGAAAAAAAAAGGCGUUAAGGCCGAGUUAAGAAAGUGCGCGUGGCGCUCCUGGAGGCUCUUUCCUCACCUGCUGCUGUGUCUGUCUCUGGUCGCGUACGCGGCGCUGGGCGCGCUCAUGUUCUGGUACAUUGAAGGAAGGAACGCGAGCGGCAGCCCCCCAGAGUACCACCGCUUCCUGGCUCAGAUCAUCACCACCGUGCAGAACCUCACCAACAACGCCUCUAACACACAGCAAGACAUCGUGGAUGGCGUGGCGGCUCAGAUGGAUAACUUCCAGUCCAUAUGGCUCCAGAGACCUGACCGAUGGGACUUCUUUGGCUCCAUGUUCUUCUGCUGCACCGUAUUCACCACCGUGGGGUAUGGGGAGAUCUAUCCGGUUACCUUGAAUGGUAAGGUGGUGUGUGUCUUGUACGCCAUGGUGGGCAUCCCUUUAAUGCUUCUGGUCAUCCUCGAUGUGGGUGAUUUCCUCGCUAUGCUGAUGUCCAGAGCCUACGUGCGCAUUUAUACCCUCUGCAAAAACCUCCAAUCCCACACCUGGUCUCCGUGGAAGACUCGGAAGAGCACAAGGGACUCAAGCAACAUGGCUCUGGAGAACGGGAACUUUUCUUUCAGCCAUGAGGUUGUGGUCCAUGCACCCCUCGACAUCCGGCACGUACUGUACAGCCAGGCGGAUGUACGGCACAACUCCAUCCUGCUCCAAAACAACAAAGAGAUCUUUGAGAAGAUUCUUGCCAGGGAGAAUUUACUUAGAAAGAGCCCACUGCUCAGGUGCGUCUCUUGCCCUGAGCUAGACCGACUGCCACCAUCACCCAAAGUAUAUGCCCUUUGGGACUUCACAGGGUUAGGGGAUGGAAUGGAAACGCUGGAUGUACCCUUUGUACUGAUUCUUUUCAUCGUGUUUGCCUACAUUUUUUUAGGAGGUUGGAUUCUGCCACUGUGGGAAACAGAAUUCCAAGGCUUUGACCCCUACUACUUCUGCUUUAUCACACUCACUACUAUUGGUUUUGGUGACAUUGUACCAAAUCACCCUAGGUACUUCAUGCUUACCUCACUCUUCAUCAUUGUUGGCAUGGCCAUCAUGUCCAUGGCUUUCAAGCUAAGCCAAACACGAAUUGUAAGCUUUUACCGCCAAUGCAUCAAGUUCAUCAGCAGAGGACAUAUGGAGACUUUCAAAGAUCAAGAGAAUGACUAAGUCACCAAGAGAAUCUCUGCCCUAAGGUCCAUGAGUUGUACAAGCUCACAGUCUGUGGGAACUUGUCCAGUGCAUUAUUUGUGCUGGCUGUUCGGUUAUAAGCAUGAGCAAAGUAAAAAGUGUGCAUGUGACAAAUGCUUUUCCCCAGAUAAGACGGGUGGUAUUGAAAUUGUUGCCUAACAAGAAUGACAUCAAAUUCUGCAUAUAGCUGUAGUAGCUGUAGUAUCUUGAGUACUAGCAAUUGUACUGCCUUACAUGAGAAUACAGCGUCUUCCUCGCUGCUUUUCAAUAGAGCUGUGCGCCUUAUGUGCCGGAGCGCCCUAUACGCCUCGAGUUGAAAAAACAUCUACUCAGAGCGGAAGAAAAGGGCUAAGGACAGGUGAUUCAAUGGUGUCCUUAGCAAGACCAACAAAAAAGAUGCCACUGGUCUGAUCAGGGCAUCGUUAACAAAAAGGCAGUGCAGUGUGUCAUACGCUUUGCAGCAUGCAAACGUGUCUGAUCACGGGCCAACGACACUACAGAGGAUGGGCACAAUAGGGUUGCAUUUGAUUACAAGUCACAACUCUGGAUUCCCUACUUACAUGUAGGAAAUCUAAAUGAAUUUCAAAUUCAUUCAUUUAUACUCUAUGUCAAACAUGCUGCCAACAUGCUCAGACGUUUUGCUGAUUAUAUCACCGACAAUGAUUGUUUUCCUAAUUUGAACUUGGAGUAAAUGAUCAGAAGUGGUUACACCUGCAGGUAAUAAUGCUAUGCACUACGAUACGUCUUCAAUAAAUUAGAAUAAAGAAUGAUAAAAAGUGUGUGGAGUAAUAGGGGCACUUUUUGUUGAAGCACCGUUUCAAAGCUUGUAUUUCCUUGAUAUUAUUAUUAUCAUUAAUUCUCUUUACAAUUUAUACAUUUUUUUAUUUUCCCCCUAUGCCUUGCUGCUGCAACAUUGUGAAUUUCCCCACUGUGGGGUCAAUAAAGGAUUGCAAAACUUGAA